AGAUUCCCAAUACUUCUCUCUAACUCAUUCAUAUCUCGAUGAACAAAGUGGUUGGAGGUAGGCGCUCUUACCCUUGUUUAACAACCAUUGGCUUUGAAGGCUUGCAAGUUGCCUUUUCGUUGUUCUCGGGCCAAGUUGUUACUCACCUUACAUCACUCGGUUUGAGACCAGCACAAAUUGCAAUUACACUGCUAUUUGGUCCCAUAUGUGGUGCGAUUUUUCAGCCAUACUUUGGUAGCUGGAGUGACCGGUGCCAGUCACCAUGGGGCAGACGAAGGCCCUUCAUCGUCAUCGGAACGGGAUUUUUGAUCAUCUCUAUGCUCUGCCUAGCUUGGGUAGAUUCAAUUACACUUGGAAUUCUGCUUCGUUCAUCAAAUGCUGCAUACGAGACAGCUUAUAGAACGGUCCUGGUGAUCCUCGCGAUGAUAUUUACCUUUACUACAUAUGUCUCCAUUCAAGCCGUCCAGGUUGGGCUACGUGCCCUUGUCACGGACGACAGUACUCCCUUACAGCAAGCUGAGGCAAAUGUCUGGGCUGGUCGUCAUGUGAACUUGGCGGCGGCUUUGGGCUAUUUUGCAGCGUACGUGAACCUCCCUCGGUACAUACGCUACUUCGGCAAAACAACAUUUGCAGGCACAAGCGUCCUUACAGCGGUGUAUCUGGCAAUUACAAUUACAAUUACUUGUUUUUGCGAUUCGGAUGAACCCUAUAUAGUAGAGAAGGGUUCAGCGUCAGGGCACGGAGAAACUUUCCGAGUGAUGCGGGACGUCUUUUUUGGUACUUCAAAACAGGUCAGGCUUAUCUUGCUCGUGCAGUUUCUUGCUUGGUUUGGCUGGUUCCCUUUUCUAUUCUACACAGUAACAUAUGUUGACAGCCUGCAAAAAGCAAAUUCCGCAGGCUACAAAAACAUGGGCGCUCUUGCACCCCUCGUCUAUAGCAUAGUAGCCCUAUUGAUCGCAAUAGUGCUGCCUUCUCAGACCUUAUCCACCAGAGACUCGACAGCUACACUCGGACGGGGUCCUUUGAGCUGGUAUAGGAUUAUCAUCACACCCCGCAAUUUGUGGAUUGCUUCACACGGAGUAUUCACAAUCGCCAUGCUCGGAACAUUUUUUGUAAGAUCUGCGCUUGGUACAGUGCUACUCUUUAGUCUUGUUGGCUUUACCUGGGCGAUCAGCUCUCGCAUCCCAUAUUCUCUUUUGGGCGAUGAGCUGUCUCGAUCCUAUUCACGCGAUAAUGAUGAUGACGGUGAUGAAGAAGAAGACUCUUUUACAACAAGACAAGGACUUAUUCACGGCAUUCAUAACAUCGCCAUUUGUCUUCCUCAGAUCAUAAUCAUGCUCGUCAUGGGACUUUUCUGGGUGAUUACAGAGAAGAAGACUGCGAGUCAUGAUGAAACCGUUGAGCAUCAAAAAUUUCUUGGUAUUGUCUGGUUUCUACGACUUGGUGGCCUUUUUUCCUUGGGUGCCAUGUAUUAUACGACCAAAUUGCGUCAAUGGGACCACAAUCGCGUUGGAGGCAUUGAUUGCAAAAUAACAAUAUACUCGUCCAAAGAAAAGGAGAUAGAACACAGAUUGAGUCAAGUACAGCUCAAACAUAGUGACUUCGUCAGCGGGGCUCAAAAAGGCCAUAAACACACUCAACAUUGCUACAUGGUUCCUUGA